AUGCCGCCGGAGAACGCCGAGAAGCCCCCCGCGGACCGCGAGUUCCACUCCGGGAUCACACCGCGCGUUCCGAGCCCCCCUCAGGGCCAUGGCUAUUACGCCGACAAACCCGUCUACUCCGACGACAGCUCGCAGUCCGCGCUCCCGCAGGACCGCAUGUACUCGGCCUCGGGCAUGCAGCGCUUCCCGGGCCGCUUCCCGAGCACGAGGAGCAUGCCGGGCGCGCCGCCGGGCCUGAGCCGCGAGAGCAUCGAGAUACGGCGGCGCCUCGCGAACCCCAACCCGCCGGAAUCGCUGCACGCGCACGCCGUGGAGAGCAGCUCAGUGGUCGCCAGCUCCAUCGCGCCCAGCACGGGGCUGCCGGCCUCCGCGCGCGCAGCCUCCGCCUCCGGCGCGCCGAUGACAGCGCAGCAGGUCAAGCAUCUCCGCAACCUCGCCCUGGGCAUCCAGGACAGCACACCAGCCUCCACGGCGGAGGGAGCGGGGGACAGCGCGGACGUGCCCGCCGCGGCCGCGGCCGACAAGCGAGCCCGCUUUGUGCGCGGCACUAGCGACGAUGUCGACACAAGCGCGGACAGCGCGCGCAGCUCCCCGCAGGGCCCGCAGGCGGUGUCGGACAUCUUCUCCGCGGACUCGGACGCGCCGGGGUCCCCCGACGCCGCGUCACGGACCACCGCGGGCCACCCGCAGCAACGCACCGUCUCCGGGGGCCUUGCCUCCCCGUCCGACUCCCGGGCAGCGCCGUCCGGGGUCGGCCGCGCGAGCUCGGACCCUCCCAGUGAAAUGCUCUACCGGUCGCAGGACUACGAGGUGUCUCCGCUGACGGAUCUGCAGACGGGCAGGCUCGGGGCGCAGUCCGCGACGCCGGCGGCGGGCACGCCCGGGGGGUCGGACCUGGUGGGCCAGCUGGCGGCAAUGCUGGCGUCGCAGCUGCGGCCGCAGGACGGCCAGGGGCGCGGGAACGGCGACGUGGACCCUUCGACCAUCGAUCCGCGCGUGCUGAACGACGUCCUGCGGUCCGUGGCGAACAUGCCCACGCCGCAUCUCGCGCAGGCUGCGCCGGCACCGCAGCGCGCCGUCUCGCCGCCAGCGCGCCCCGCGCCGGCCGCAGCGCCGGACUCGCCGGAGCUCGGCAUGGACAUGGUUUCUGAGAGCGUGUACAUCGUCCCGGGCGCCCCCGCGGGCCUCAUCGGGGAGGGACUCCCCCCGGGGGGUGCCAGCGACGAGUACGACUUGCAGCCAAACACCUCCACGCCGCGCCUGGGCGACGCCAGCCGGUCCCGCGACGCCUCUCGCUCCCCGCAGGCCGCGCGCGGCCGCAGCGCCAGCCCCGCUGCACCGCCCCAGCCCCCGCCGCAGCCGCAGUCGCCGACCAUGGGCAGCCCCGGCGUGGACGUCCGCGCGUCCGCGCAGUCGCUCAGUGCGGUUCCCGUCGCGUACGUGCCGUACCCGCCGGGCGCGUACGCCGCACCGCCCGCCCCUGGCCGGGACAUGACGGCGGAGGUUGGGGAGCUGCGCGAGGAGCUCGGGCGCGCGGCGGCGGCGUUCGAGAACCUCCAGGAGCGCCUGAAGGGGGAGUCGUCGUCCCGGAAGAACGCGGAGAUGGCGCUCGCGUCGCUGCGGCGGGAUCACUCCGAGGUGGUGGAGGCGCUCGACGCGACGCGCGCGCACCUGGAGGAGGCCACGGCGGCGAACGAGAAGAUGCACAAGGCGAUCGGCGCGCGCGAGGAGCAGCACCGGGCCGCCGCGGCGUCGCUGCUGGAGCAGCACCGCGCGCAGGUGGCGUCGCUCCUCGAGAAGCUGCACGCAGCGGCGGAGCGCGAGAACGCGAUGCGCGCGCACCUCGCGGAGGUCGCAGGGCGCGGGCGCGAGCUCGAGAGCGCGCUCGCGGAGAUGGGCGAGGGCAUGCGGAAGCGCGACGUCGACAUGGGCAACAUGCACCGGCAGUGGGGCGCGGCGGUGUCGCGGGUCGAGGAGCUCACGGGGCGCUGCGUGGAGCUCGAGGGGACGCUCGGAGACGAGCGGCAGCGCGUCGCGCGCGCCGCGGAGGCCGAGGAGGCCAUCCAGGGCAUGGUUGCGCAGGUCCGCGAGGACAACGACGCGCUGCGGCUGCGGCUGGACCGCACGGAGCAGGCGCUGGAGGCCGCGAAGGGGCGCAUGCGGGAGAUGUUCGAGCAGGGCAAGGCGAUGCUCGCGUCGCGGGAGAACCUCGUGCAGCAGCACGAGGCGGUGGUGCGCGAGCGCGACGCGCUGGCGGCGGAGCGGGCGGCGCUGGUGCAGCGCGUGCGCGGGCUGGAGGCGGACGCGGCGCGCGGGGAGGGCGUGCUGAAGGCUGCGAAGGAGGAGCUCUCGGACCUCGCGGCGCGGCACCGCGCGGCGGUGCGUGCGCUGGGACAGACGCAAGCUCAGCUCGCCGCGGAGCAGGCGCGGCGGCGCGAGGCCGGGGAGAGCGACGCGGACGGCGCGGGCGCCCCCGCGGGCGGCGCGUCGUCCGAGGACGUGCUGACGAGCAUCGUGCGGAAGCUCGCGCGCGCGGAGACGGGGGCGCCGCGAGCUGCGCCGUCGGGCCCCGCGGCCGCCGCGCACCGCGACGCCGCGGCGGUGCUCGCGCUCGAGGACCUCGCGAACCCCGCAAGCGCGGACCCGGGCGUGCGUGCGCGGCGCGAGGCCGUCAUGGAGGGCCUCGCGGACGCCGUUGCUGCGCGCAUGUUGGAAGCAAUGGGCCCGCCACGUGGCAUGCGCCUCCCGCCGUACGCGUACGGCCCUCCGCGCGGCUGGCAUGGGCCGCCGGAGGGCCCGCCGCAGAUCGAGGCGCCGCCGCCGCGGCGUGCGCCUUCCGUGGACGACGCGCCGCCACCGCCACCGCCACCGCAAGCGCAGAGGGCACCUGAGCCCGCGGCGUCGCCUGCGAAGCCCGCGCCGGAGAAGCAGGCGCCGGUGCCCGCUGCGUCGGGGCCGCCGAAGGUGCCGUCGACGUACGAGGCGUGGGCUGCGCGGCGCAUGGGCCCGGGCGGGCGGCCUCUGUUGCCACAGCGCGACGCCGAGGCUCCGCGUGCCCCGCCAGCGCCGCCGGAGCGGCCGCAGACCGCAGCACCGCCGCAGCGACCUCCUGACCCACGCGUCCAGCGACCGGCCCCGCCGGAGCGCCCGCAGACGGCUGCACCGCAGGCGAGCGGGCAGGACGCGGCUGCGCCGUUCGGAACCGACGGCAACCUGCGCGACAUGAUGGACCAGACGCAGGCGGUGGAGGACCGGCUGAUGGCGCUCAACCGCGAGCGCGAGGCGCUGCAGGCGGAGUUUGCAAAGAUGCCCCCGGGGGCGGGCAAGACCAUGACUCAGCGGCGACGCAAGGCCGAGGUGGAGGAGGGGAUCGAGCGCGUGACGAAGGAGAUCAGCUCGUGCCGGCUGCAGCUGAAGCGGCUCGGCGUGCGCUGA